GUAAUAAUCAAUUUUACCACACGAUUCGUUUCAGGAAAUAGUUUUAAAGUGACACAUUUAUACUUAUCUACGAAAAAAUAUGGAAUGGAUAAGCUGGAUAGCGCUACUGCAGCCAGUAAUAAUGUCGCUUUUUAUGGUCAUUUUUCGCCAGCAAUGGCUUGGUCCGCAGCUGCAAAAUAAGAACACUUACGCCAUACCAAGUACUGAUAUCGAAAACAUUCAAGAUAAAUUAAAACAUUUGGAAGAAAACACAUUAUCAGGUAAAGACAUAAAUGGAAUAGAGGAAUCUAUUUCUGAGCUUUACAAAUCAAUUGGAGCACUGCGAGAGCAAACUGAGAAAUAUUUACUACACGAUGGAGCGAAAAACAGCUGUGACGGAAGCAGAACGAACUUAGGCAUCGUUGCCCUUGCUCUCAUUCAGCUGUUAACUGUCGUCUGCUUGGCAGUUUUGUGGCGGAAAAUAAUGAAAGUUCAAGUACAAAUGGAUAGUUCACAGCCGUUGAAAAUAAACAAUAAUUUGAAAGCAUCGGCAAAAUAAAUGGUUUAAUAGUCUUUAACUUUAGCGAUAGAUUUACGUUAAGAUUUGAUAAAUAUAUGCUUUAUACCGCUUUUUAUUACUUUUGUUCAGCUAGACAUAAUAAGUUUUAGACGUGUAUAUUUGUCUUAUUUCAUUUUACCUAAAUUCAUUUGAAGCGGGUGGCAAUAUUGGUGGCUGAGGCCGAAUUUGCAAUUGCUUUUCUGUUAAGAUUUUUAUUAUCAUGCUUUUAAACUCUGUAAAUAUAUUUAGUAUACAUUAAUGCAUUAACGUGUGUGAACUUGAAAUAUUCAAUUCGUAAUUCAGAUAUGAUGAAAACUAAAAAAAUCGUUUAACUUUCAAAGUUUUGAGAAAACUAAAACAAAUCUACAUGACUUCUUUUCAAGUAUUUCGAAUUAUUUUUCUUGAAAAAUGAAUUUAUUGUAGAUUUUAAGGCGUUCUUAAAUGUAUCUCUUUGAAAGGUUAAUAUUAUCAUAUAAAGGUACAGAGAUACUUUGUUAAAGAUCCUCUACAGAAUAAUUGAAUUUAUUUGUGUUUCCACGAUGGUAUAUAUUAUAUAUAAUCAUAAUUUGAAUGGAAAAAUGAGAAAUACAUGUAUCUUUAGUUACACAUUGACAUAAGCAUAUAUUACAACAAAAGAAUAGGUUUGAUGUCUUAACAUUUGUCGCACUAAGAACAACAUUUGAUGUAUUUAGUCAAGUUUACACCACAUUAUGUUUCAACAAUGUAAGACAUUUAUCUAUCUUAAAGUUUGUUUUUUUUUAAACUUUUGUAAAAAGAGAUUGACUGAAUAAAUUCACAGACACUUGGGGUUCGGACCCCCACACAUCCCAUUCUCCACCGCUCCUGGUUAAGUUUAGCCAAUAUUUUUUUAGCAUUUUACCAUGUAUUGAGCAUAGGUGACGAUCAUAAAACGCAUUUUGUAACAUUUCAGCGUGUUUUAAAAAAUGUACUUUUUACCAUCAAUGCUCUCAAAAUUACAAGAUUUGAAACAUCGCACGAACACUAGGGAAACAAUAGCCAAUUAAACUUUUAAAUGAACCCCUAUCAAUGAAUCACUGGUAUCAAUCGACAGGUCUGUUGCCAUUCUUUCAAAUAACACUAGUCCCGACAACAGUCAUUUAUAUUCCGUCGAGAAAUCAAUAAAUAUUAUAAAUCAAUCAAUCUAAAUUUUAUGGAACACUUCCUUGCGAAUUGAUCCCUACUUUGACCUGCGCAUAUCGUUGCCGGGUACCAAAAUUAAUACCUUUUCGACUGCAUUAUACCGGAUUAUCGCUUCAGCAAGUGUUACACGAGGUUUGUUUACAUAAAGAAGUGAUGAUCUGGUUUAACAUAGUUGUAAGAGUAUUAAUUUUGGUACCAGGUUUAUGACAUGCGCUACACAAAGCGAGGGACCAGCGCAAGCAAGUGUUCCCAUUGUUCGUGCGAUGUUUCAAAUCUUGUAAUAUUGAGAGCAUUGAUGGUAAAAAAUACAUUUUUU